CACACCACACAGACAGACACGAGCCGCUGUAGAGGCACAAACUAACAGACAGUGGACUUCUUUGGCGCACGCCCUCAUCACCUGCGCAGUUCUCUUUUGCGCAUGUGUGAGCGAACACCUGUGCGCCACUUAUAAUCAAGUAAUUGCCGCGGAUAGCGUUUGAACAGAGCGGCGUGCGUGUGUGCCAGCCUGUAUUACAGAAGUAUAAGUGAACACAACAGAACUGGAGACUUAAUAACGCGCUAAAACGGUAUAAUUACGCAAAUAUGGAUCCUCGGAGCAGCAGAGAGGACCCGAGCCCGUCAGAUCACUAUGUGGUUUCAGGGGCCUCAGAGGAGCCCCCAGUCAGAGAGGGAGGAGGUGGUGGCUCGGGAGGGGGAGGUCUGUACCUGGACGCCUACGAAGUGUCCUUCCCUUUGGAUGAAAGUGUGGAGCGACCUCAUGCCUAUCAUGUCAACCACGGUCCAAGAAUGGUCGACGAGGGAGUGGUCCAGGAGCCCCCUCCCUCCCCCUACAGCCCGUUCAUCCUGGUGUCAAACCUGCGCGCUCACCUGUACGUGGCUCUGGAGAAGAACGCCUGGCUCCAGAAACGCAUCGAGGAGCUGGAGGAGGAGAGGAACUUUCUCCGCUGUCAGCUUGACCGCUUCAUCGUCAACAUGAGGACUCAGGACGACUGGUGCACGGAUCCCCAGCGCAGUGCAAAGGUUCAGCCUGAUAGCUCUCCGUCUCCCCCCUCUCCGAUGACCACCCGAUCGGGCAUGACCCUGAAGAGGCUGCAGGGAGGGGCCAGGAUACGCCACCGCGCCCCUGCUAUACCCGUGAAGCAGGAGUACCACCUGGAGGAGGAGAAAUUCUACACAGAGGAUGAGUUUGUGGAGGAGGCUGAGGAAGAGGAAGAGGACUCUUCAGUGGAGAAAGGAUCAAAGAAGAGCCGAGGGCGAGGGAGUGGAGAACCACGGAUGAAGAUGAGACGCAUAUUCAGGAUCACACAUGGACGAGAGAGGCAGAGAGUGAAGGACCCAGAUGGUGUGUUGAUCCGAUAUAAGAAGAUCUUGACCACGUAUCAGAGGGUGAGGAGCAUGUCCAGAGCUUUUCAGAUUCAUGGAGUGGACAGGAACACUAUGGCCUCCACCUCCCCCAUUGCUGAGCUGCUGCUGGUCGCUCCAGAGAAGGUGGCAGAGGUGGGAGAGUUUGAGGCAUCAAAGGAAAAGCUGCUGGAUUACGCUCGACGCUGUUACAAAACAAUGGAUGAAGACACUCACUCCAAAGUCCAGACUAUGAAGAAGACUCACAAGCUGCUGCCCAUCUCCUACAGGUUCAGACACUGAUCGCUGCAGAGAGGAGAUACAUAGUCCUAAAUGUAUUAUGUUUACUGAAUGUUGCUUUAUUCAUGUAUUUUCUUUAUGCCAAUGGUUGAUAUAAUAAGCACAGUUUAAAGAAUAUCUGAUUUUGACUGAAAUGUAUAUGGUCAAGAUAAGUAAUAGUUAUUUACUUACAUCUUUAUGUAUUUAAGCACAAACUU